AGAGAAAGAGAGAGAGAGGAAGAAUUUGUGGUGGUUUAGGUGGCGGUAGACGAAGGUAGAAGUGACUGGUAUAGAUGGCUGGAAGUACUUUGAAUUGGUAAAUGAAGUUGGUUUGGCAUUUUAAUAAUGGCCCCUUACAGUUGGACAGCGUUUGCGAUUUGUUUAAACACACACAAAGCACCGAUUGCCUUCUACAGUUGGUUAAUUCUGUAUAAUAUAUUUGAAGAGAAAAAAAACACCGUUUCUAACAGGGAUUCUGCGAAUAAGAAAGAAAUGUUUUGUGUGAGCGGGUUUAGGUCCGGUUUGUUUUUCUUUUUUUACGGUCUGUUUAAGAAGCGUUAAUGAUCCGCUCUCUACCGUACCGUUGAUAGCAUUAACAGUCAUCCAAACAAUAUUUAGUGCAGCAUCCCCGGUAGGGAUUUGCAAUCUACGUAUUGAAACGAGACCCAUAAUGACCUGUAUGCGAAUAUAUAUCGAGAGCAAUGAAAAUACAGACGAAAAAGUGUUAAAAUUCGUUUGGGAAAGCAAUCGAAAUGUCAAAAAUCCUGUUGAAGAAGUAGUUUUACCAACAUCUCUAGUGGAGCCACAGAGAAGGAAAUAUCGAUAGCCACGCCCGAUAUUAAAUCGUUCAUUGAUCUUCAUCUCCUCCAUGCCAUACAGAAAAGAUUCUACGAAGCAAGUAGCAAAGUAACAAUAGAAAACUCGCUAGGUGAAAAGCGUCAAACUACUAUAAGGUUAACACUAUCUUCUGAAAGCAAUCGUUUUUUUUUUACCAAAAGCAAACGCAAUUCAAAAAUGGAUUACAAAAAAUAACAAAAACAAAACCCAUCACGCGCUGGAGUGUGACUGCUACUAUUGUUAGUGCGGGAAGGAGUACGGAGCUACCUUGCAAAUAUUUUCCUCGCCAGGCCCUUCGUUUGCCAUCACCGCCCCCCAAACUGCCCCAAUUGCUGUACAUUAUGUUCACAUUGUAGUAUCGUGCUGUUUGUUUGUUUUUUUUCUUCUUUCGUUUAGUUACAUUCUGCCACCAUAAUUUUGAAUUAAACAGUUAGUAAAAUGCUAAUGCUAAGCACUUCACUUAACUACGUAAGUAAACCCCGGUCUACUGCAGCUGCGUUAAUGAUAGCGAUUUUUUUUUUGGAAGGAGGGAAGCUAUAGAAACGCAGCAGCAUCAUGUAUCAUGUGUUGGAAGAGCUGUUUUGCAGGAUCCUAGUAUACACGUCUUUUUCAUGGGUUGCUACGGGGUCCCUAUUGCGAUAAGCUGGUCUGUCGUUGACUUUUUGGAUCCUCUUUUCAUUUUCAAUCUCCAUCUUUUCCAUAAUUUUUUCGAAUAGAAAUUGUGAACUGGCGCAUUAAAUAAACAAGUGUAAUGAACUGCAUAUAACUAUGGAAAAUCGACAAAUUUAAGCUGUAGUACUACCCCAGAAUGAACUACCCGCGUCCCACACAGCAAGGAAAAGGUUUUAAGUAUGCGCAAAACGGCUACAAAAUGCAAACAGUACAGUACCAGUAUCAUAGUAACGCAGCUGGUAAUUAAAGAAAAGAAAAAAACAAACUGAAAUAUAACCGAUUUCUGACGAACCAAGUUGCAACUUAAA